CAGCACAAUGCCAUGGCAUUUAUGCCAGGAGGGUACUAAAAACUAUGCACCACCACUAAACCUUAAUGCGGUGUGGCUCUACCAUUGCUUGUUCCCUGUCACCUGGCCCUGCGCCCUUCUUUAAGAUGACAGAUGAGGAGAUGGUCACAUACUUGAAGGCAGUUGAAGAUGUGGUGACAGCUUGGGAGUAUCAAGUAGUGGAGCACAGGGGCAUGCACAGUGGGACUCUCUUUUCUAGUCCAAAUCACUUCUACUCUGGACCUGCUGUUGUCACUCCUCCACCUCUGCCAACUCCUUCCAUUAGAAAUCAUGGCUACACUUGUCCUGUCCCUUGUCUACAUCUGUGGUUGCC